CAGCAGUGGUCUCUCCUCUCUCUUUCUAAAUAACUUUUUCCCUUGUCCCCACAGAAUGCCUUAGAUGAGAAUGGCUGCUGAGAACUCCUCCUCCGUGACAGAGUUUAUCCUCGCAGGCUUAACCAACCAGCCGGGAUUCCAGAUCCCCCUCUUCUUCCUGUUUCUAGGUUUCUACAUGGUCACUGUGGUGGGGAACCUGGGCUUGAUAACCCUGAUACAGCUCAACUCUCACCUGCAGACCCCUAUGUACUUCUUCCUCUAUAACUUGUCCUUCAUAGAUUUCUGCUAUUCCAGUGUUAUCACUCCCAAAAUGCUGAUGAGUUUUGUCUCAAAGAAGAACAGCAUCUCCUACGCUGGGUGUAUGACUCAGCUCUUCUUCUUUCUUUUCUUUGUUGUCUCUGAGUCCUUCAUCCUGUCAGCGAUGGCAUAUGAUCGCUACGUGGCCAUAUGUAACCCACUGCUGUACAGGGUCACCAUGUCUCCCCAGGUGUGUUUGCUCCUUUUGUUGGGUGUCUAUGGGAUGGGGUUUGCUGGGGCCAUGGCCCACACAGCAUGUAUGAUGGGUGUGACCUUCUGUGCCAAUAAUGUUGUCAACCACUACAUGUGUGACAUCCUUCCCCUUCUCGAGCACGCUUGCAGCAGCACCUAUGUGAACCAGCUGGUAGUGUUUGUUGUUGUGGGCAUUGAUAUUGGCUUGCCCACAGUCACCAUCUUCAUUUCCUAUGCUCUCAUUCUCUCCAGCAUCCUCCAUAUUCAUUCCACGGGGGACAGGUCCAAAGCCUUUAGCACCUGCAGCUCCCACAUAAUUGCAGUUUCUCUGUUCUUUGGGUCGGGGGCAUUCAUGUAUCUCAAGCCCUCUUCUAUUUUACCUAUGAACCAGGGCAAAGUGUCUUCCCUGUUCUAUACCACUGUGGUGCCCAUGCUCAACCCAUUAAUUUAUAGCCUGAGGAAUAAGGAUGUCAAAGUUGCUCUAAAGAAAAUCUUGAACAAAUAUUCAUUCUCCUGAGAAAAAGGCAAUGCUCAGGAAAGAAACAUUGUUUCUCUCAUAGUGAUUUGGACUCCGUUGGUUACCUGGACAAAAUAUAAUUUUUCCUCAAACAAAUUCAUCAUCCCCAU